AUGACCACCACAGCACCAGAUCAAGAACUCACAAUUGACCAGGAAUAUGAUUUAUGGAAAUCAAAUGUACCGUUGAUGUACGACUUUGUCAGUGAGACCAAGCUUUUAUGGCCUUCGCUUACCAUUCAAUGGCUCCCGGAUAAGGACUCGAAUUCUACACAACAAGAGCUAAUAGUGGGCACCCAUACGUCUGGAGAGGAGCAAAACUAUUUGAAAAUUGCAUCUGUGGAAUUGCCCAGUGAAGUUCUCGACACUGAAUCCACAAAUUACAAGCCAGCUGAGGAAAGUGUUGAAGGCAGUGGUGAUGGUAAAAGUUCGUCAAAUGCGGUCAAAUCCAAGAUUAAGAUCACCCACAAGUUUGAGCACGACCAAGAGGUGACCAGAGCACGUUAUGCACCUUUCAAUAGUAACCUGAUAGCCACCAUCAAUGGUUCAGGUACAGUCUUUUUAUAUGACAGGUCUCAGGAUAAAGAAAGUGCGCUAAAAGCCAGGUUCGAUUACCACAAAGAGAACGGUUACGGCCUCAAUUUUAGUGUAGCGUCUCCAGGCGACCUUCUUUCCUGCUCAGAUGAUGGAACAGUGGCAAUCUGGGACGUGCAUUCUGCAAAGGGCAAGCCCACUAAGGUCGAUAGAAACCACUCAGAUAUCGUGAACGAAGCAAAAUGGCAUGAAACAAAUGCAAAUCUGUUUGGUUCCGUUUCCGAGGACAAGACGUUGCUACUGCACGACAAAAGGUCUGAAGAACCAAUCGCAACCGUGACGCAGACCGAGGCCUUCAACACUUUGGCCUUCAGCAAACAUUCCACUAAUCUUUUCGCUGCAGCUGGAACUGACUCGCUAGUUUACCUCUACGACUUGCGAAAGCCCGCGACUCCUCUUCACAGCAUUGCAGGUCAUCAGGACGCUAUAACGAGCUUGGACUUUGCUUCUCAUAAGGACGGCAUCUUGUGCUCGGCAGGCUCCGAUAGAAGGGUACUUGUCUGGGAUUUAUUUCAAAUCGGUGCGGAACAACCCCAGGAAGAUGCAGAUGAUGGUGUCCCGGAACUGCUCAUGAUGCAUGCGGGCCAUAAGAGUGCUAUAAACGAUUUUUCAUGCAACCCGAACAUACCUUGGUUAAUGGCAAGCGUAGAGGAAGAAAACACCGUGCAAAUUUGGAAGCCUUCCAAGAAACUUACGAAUCCAUAUGUUCCGAAAGACUACGACAUUCAUUCCCUUGAGUAA